AUGGGCUUUCUGUGUUUCCCGAGACUUAGUACUUUUAUAGCGACGCAAACACAGAAACACUACGUUUUGGAUAACAGUGUCACGUGUAUUAUUCUGGUCGAUAUUUUUGGCGCUUUUCUAAAUGGCCACCCAGACUUAAACGACAACAUCACUGGGGUCAUUCGAAGACAUGUAGGUGUGCACGAAACUCAUCAAACUCAAACUGAAGACGGUUACAUUUUGACUAUUUUUCGAAUACCAAAAAACAAUCCUAAAGGGAUAAUUUUAUUUCAACGUCCCAUUCAAUAUGAUGCAAGGGUGUGGAUGAGUCAACACAACGAAUCGAUUGCUUUUUUCUUCUGGAGAGCAGGAUACGACGUUUGGCUGGGGAAUACCCGAGUGCCCGUACUUACAAUAUUUUUCGCUUCUCGAAUCACACGCAACUUUCACCGCCACCCAGACUUAGACGACAACAUCACCGGAAUCAUCCGAAGACAUGUCGGUGUACACGAAACUCAUCAAAUUCAAACGGAAGACGGUUACAUUUUGACUAUUUUUCGAAUACCAAGAACGACUCCUAAAGGGGUAAUUUUAUUUCAACAUCCCAUUCAACAUGAUGCGAGGGUAUGGGUGAGUCAACACAACGAAUCGAUUGCUUUUUUGUUUUGGAGAGCAGGAUACGACGUUUGGCUGGGGAAUACCCGAGGUAACUACUUUUGCAAGAAACACGUAACCCUAAAAUCCAGCGAACGAGAAUUUUGGAAUUUUACUUUUCAUGAGAUGGGUUACUACGAUAAUCACGCCAUCGUUAAUUAUAUCCGAAAAAACACAAACGAGUCCGGAAUUGUUUAUUUGGGGCAUUCACUGGGCACUACUAACGGUUUAAUUUACGCUAGCCUCAGACGUGAGGAAAGUAUGAGAUUUAUUAAAUACAUGGUACUGUUAGCACCAGUUGCUCACAUCAGAGUGGCAGGUUCUUUCGCUUUAAAUGCGAUACCACGAAUCGUGUUAUUACGGAAUUUUUUCAACUUCCCAGAUCUUUUGUCCACAGUAGGUGGAUAUGACGGUUGGUUUUUUCGAGGUUUUAGAGCCCUCUAUGCACUUUUACCAUGUCGAACGUGUAUGAUCUAUAUGUGUCAAUUAUUAGGUGGGGAGAGUUCCGAAACAGAUCCCGACUUAAUGGAUAUGCUCGUACAAGUGUACGGUUCCGAAUUUCCUGUUAAACUUUCAGAGCACUUUAGGCAGCUAUACUUUAAUAGGACAUUUCCUAUGUACGAUUUUGGAUCGGAACGAAACUUGGAGGUGUAUGGGACUAAAAAACCCCCGUUAUACCCCAUUGAGAAGAUAAAAAUCCCACUUCUUCUGGUAUAUGGACAAAACGACAGUUUUGCUGAUCCUAGAAAUUUCGACUACACCUACCGUCAUUUACCCACAAAUCCCAAAAGUGGAAAAAUGUUAGUCGACGGAUUCAGUCAUAUGGAUUUCAUUUAUGGUCGUCGACGAAAUGAAAAAUUGUAUGCAAAGAUUCUUAAAAUACUCGACACGGUUUAAAUGAAAAUGUAGUUCGGGUGUCCCAUACACAACACUUAGCUCAAAAAUCAAACCUACUGCAAUAAUAAAGUACUUACU